AUUUCAACGCUUGAUGCUGGCUGCUAAGCAGAGAGGCAAUGGGUCCCAUUUUUAUAGUCUAUGACCGGACCGGGGUUUGAACCCACAACCGUCUCAGGGUAAACACUCUACCAAUUUCUCACUGAGCUAGAGGUUACUCUCAGAAUUUAUAAUAAUGCAAUGAUGGCGGGUCCCACAGCAACAGUGACUGAACCACUUCAUCUCACAAUCUGCUCGUUGAGAGCAACGUCACUGACAGUAUACUAUAGCUUGAGGGAGGGAGAGAGAGAUGUGUGUGUGUGUGUGUGUGUGUGCGUGUGUGUUAGAGCGAGCGAGCGAGCAAGAGAAUAGGCGUUUUGACAUUGGAGUAUUAGUUGAUUCAACAAUGAGGUGUAAGUUAGGUCACCUAUCCUGCAAUUGUGCGCUUUUCUAAAAAGACACAUUUUAACGUCCCACGACCAUACACUGUCAACCAUGAACGCGGCUGAGCAGACGGUAACGUGGCUCAUUACGCUCGGGGUGCUGGAGUCUCCCAAGAAGAGCAUCUCUGAUCCGGACGCUUUCCUCCGGACAUCUCUCCAGGACGGGGUGGUGCUAUGCAAACUGCUGGAGCGACUGAAACCCGGGACGACGGAAAAAUUUUUUCAGGAACCAAGAAGUGACAGCGAGUAUCAACUCAACAUUAGCGAAUUCAUCAAAGGCAUCGGGAUUUACGGCGUGAAGCCUUUUGAGGUUAAUGACCUCCUUCAGGGGCUGAACUUCACCAAGGUCCUAAACUGCUUGGUUGCACUGAACAAAGCCACUGAAGAUCCAUGUGUUUCUAUUUGCGUGCCACACUCCGCCACAUUGAGGAUUAAAUCGUAUGAUUCCGUAAACAGUCAAAGUCGUUCGUCCAAACUGCAACCGCCUCAGUAUCACAGCCUUGACAUGACUGAGGGCAGUGGGUGUGGCCAUUUUCUUUUCAAGGCACGUUUCCUUUUCCAGCAGACAAAUGAGGACGAACUCUCUUUCUCCAAGGGCGACAUCAUUAAUGUGAGCAGGCAGGAGGAGGGGGGCUGGUGGGAAGGCUCCCUCAACGGCAAGACCGGCUGGUUCCCCAGUAACUAUGUGAGGGAAUUGAAAGGAAGUGACAAGCCAUUUGACAAACCAAAGUCUGUGACGCUGAGAAGUCCCCCAAAAGGUUUUGACACUUCUAUCAUCAGCAAGACCUACUACAAUGUGGUCCUCCAGAACAUUUUGGAAGCAGAGAGUGAGUAUUCCAGGGAACUUCAAAGUCUUUUGGGAUCCUACCUACGCUCUAUACAGCCGACAGACAGGCUGAGUGCUGUUGACAUCAGCCACAUUCAAGGCAAUCUGGAGGAGAUUUCAACAUUCCAGCAGAUGCUGGUUCAGUCCUUGGAGGAGCAUACAAAGCUUCCAGAAAAUCAGCAGAGGAUAGGAGGCUUCUUCCUGAGUCUAAUACCCCAGAUGAAAAAUCUUUAUGUGGCCUACUGCUCAAACCAUCCAUCUGCUGUCAGUGUACUCACUCAGCAAAGGGAUGAACUGGGGGAGUACAUGGAAACCAAGGGGGCAUCUAGUCCGGGUAUUUUGGCACUGACCACCAGUUUGAGUAAACCCUUCACUCGACUGGAGAAAUAUCCAACCUUGCUCAAAGAAAUGGACAGACACAUGGAGGACCAACACCCUGACAGAGUUGACCUCCAAACUUGUAUGGCAUCAUUUCAAAGCCUUGCUGCCCAGUGCCAGGGAGUGAGGAAGAAGAAGGACCUGGAGUUACAGAUUUUAACCGAGCCAAUCAGGAACUGGGAGGGGGAUGACAUCAAGACCCUCGGCCCUGUUCUUCACAUGUCCCAAGCUGCUGUCUGCUCCCAGAUCUGUCAGGAAUCAAGUGAACGCUACCUUGUCCUCUUCCCUCAUACGCUGCUCUUCCUCUCUGCAAGCAUGAGGAUGAGUGGGUUCAUCUACCAGGGGAAAAUACCAUUGUCAGGCAUGCUGAUCUCCAGAAUAGAAGAUGGGGAAACCAUGAAGAACGCUUUUGAAAUUUCUGGUGCCCAAUGUGACCGGAUGCAAGUGGCAUGCAACAAUCAGCAGGAUCUGCUGGAGUGGCUGGACCUUCUCACCAAACACACGCACACCCCUGCUGCAAACACUCACAAGACUCAGUCGGUGUGUCACACAUUGCCCUCCCUGCCUGUCACCCCUUCCCGGCACUCAGAGUCUUGUGGCGGGAGCAGUGCCUUCCACACCCUCCCUCAUCUUUCCUCAUAUGGUGCCAGCCCUAUGUGGGGGGCCCUGGAGCCACCUAGUCCCCCAAAACCGUGGAGCAUGAGCUGUCUUCGGCCUGCGCCUCCUCUCCGGCCGUCUGCCGCCCUGUACAAGGAGGACCUUAAUAAGAGUCCAAAGAAUAUGAAGAAGCUGCUUCCCAAGAGGAAACCUGAGAGGAAACCCUCUGAAGAAGACUUCACUUGCAGAAAGAGCACAGCAGCUCUCGAGGAGGAUGCUCAGAUAUUGAAAGUGAUUGAAGCGUACUGCACCAGUGCCAAGACACGACAGACCCUCAACUCCACCUGGCAAGGCACUGACCUCAUGCACAACCAUGUGCUCGCUGACUCCAGUUUCGUCGUUGCCGGCAUCCCGGGCAACCUGCCGUGUUCCGACCAAUCAGAAGACUCGGAUUAUGACAGUAUCUGGACCUCCACUAGUUACAGGACUGCCUCAUUUUCUUGUUCCAGCAGGAGGGAUGUUCACAUGUUGUUCCCAGAGGAAGAGAAGAUCAUAGUGGAGGAAACCAGGAGCAACGGACAAACCGUAGUGGAGGAGAGGAGCCUGGUAGACACUGUAUACAGUUUGAGAGAUGAGGUUCAGGAACUCAAACAGGACAACAAGAGAAUGAAAAGGACACUAGAGGAAGAGCAGCGAGCUAGGAAGGAACUCGAAAGGAUCAUCAGGAGAGUUUUGAAGAACAUGAACGACCCAACCUGGGAUGAGACGAACCUCUGAAACUGACAUCACUUUGGAACUUGGACUCUCUCAAUGAGCUAAUAUCAUGGAGGGAAAUGAGGCGGCCCGAUCCCAAAUGACCUUAUAGGUUUUCAGCCAUAGAACUAGGAAGAUGACAUUGCUGACGGAACUGAAAAUUGACCGUUUUUUUUUUUUUUUUUUAGACAGCUAAAGGAAAUAAUCACAGUGAGUCGGGUAAUUGGUUUGUGUGGUCUCUAAACCAAAGCAAUACAAGCUGUGAUUUUUACGAUGCCAAUUAUGCAAUUCUAAAAAUAAUUUUGUUGUUAAUGUGUUUUUUAUAUUCUGUACUGUUUUGAUUUUGUUAUUUUGUAUACUUGACCUGGAUCACAUGGAACAUUGCCAGCAGACAAGGAAGACAUUCCUUUUUUUCAAAACUAUAACAAUGUCAACUGCAAAAAUCUUUUUGCCACGCUAAAGACCUGAAAUUUAUAGGCCAUAUAUUGCAAUACAGAUGGAAAUUAUGUAUUUGAUAGCAGCUAAUAAUGACUUCCAACAGUCACACCUUUAUUUAUUUCCCUCAUGUUUCAGAAAAAAUAAAAUUCUUCCACCGA